AUGUGCAAUGGUUUGCCGGAGGAGACACAUGACCCGGCAGAAGUAAUAGAGCGCAAGCAACACGCUCUGAUCAAGUCUCUUAUGAAUCUCACGUCGACGCUCGACAACCUCUUGACGGAAAUGGGGAAGUCGUCUAGUGUGGGGACAAAUGAGAAAGGGAAGAACAAGUCCAUCAUUGAUAUUCCGAUCUCUUCUGAGAAACCUGAAGUGUCAGCAAAGGACGACGGCAGAAAGGACAAGGAAGCCAAGAAGGAAGCUCGCAAAGCCGCUAAGGCAGAAGCUAAAAGCAAGGUGGCAUCCGCUCCGUCUAGUACGGCUAAAUCCACAGCUCUAGCUGCUUCUGACCGACUGUGGACGGUUAACGAGGACAAAAGAACGUCGGAAACUGGC